AUGAAUGGCGCAAUCCCGAUGAAUGGAGUUUCAGACAGCUUAUUUGAUUGUUGUCUGCAAAACGACAAUAAGAUAGUUCAAGCCAUUUCAUUGGCAUUUGAUCGAAUGUUCCAAUUUGAUUGCGUUCUUACUGUCGAUUAUUUGAUUCUUAUUAUUUUCCCAAUUCUAUUCAAAAUAUACGGAUUUGGUGUUCAACAGCGUUUGAGAAACUUCUACGAUACUGCCAGAUUGAUAUUUAUCGAAUUUAUUUUCUUAUGUUCAUUUUCAGUUAGUUUAACUACAAUUAUUCACUUAUUCAUCAAACAGCCAAUGGCAUGCGUUACAUGGGAUGGAAGAACUAUUGCUCCUGCUUUUAAUGGAUCAAGAUCACCAAAUCAUGAAAUUAUUAUCAUUAUGAUCUUAGGACUUGGUGUUUGGUUCUUAAAAGUAGGCUAUGACAAAGUCAGAAAACUUAUUACAAUUGUCGUAAUCGCAGUUGAAUGCGUAUCUACUGUUUUUGCCGGUUGUGCUUCGAUUUCACAAGCUUUGAUUUCAGUUGCAUUCGGUUUUUGGGUUGUAUUUCUCUUCAAAUUUAUACCUCCAAUAGGAAUUCCUAUAUUAGGCGUCUUUACAAUAAUAAUUUCGAUAACUCUCUUUAUCUUUACGUACAAACACUACAUUUGGAAUGCUCUAAUGCUCAGACAGUCCAUGCAUCUCUGUGUUCGAGGAUUUAUCUCUUUGGUCAUUUCAAUUUGUUUAGAACUCAGAUUUGGAUUCGGAAGAGAAGAUUUUGACUGGAUGAAAAUAUCGUGGGGAUCACACUGGAGCAAUCAGUCUACAGAAGAUGACGAUGAAGUCGUUAUUCCUUCGAUGAUUAAAGAAAAUAUUCGCGAUGAUUUUGGAAAACUACUUAAAAACGAUUUAAUUGACUCUGUCAUCGCUUUUAUUGUAUUCCUGCUUGGAAAUAUGGGACUUUGUUUCGCAGAUUCUACUUUUGCUUUUAUGAUCGAAUGA